AUGGAUUCAGAAGAUUUAUAUAACAAUGUGUUUCUAAAAACACUUAAACUAAAGUAUCCAAAAACAUUUCAAGUGAUAGAGUCUAGUUGCUAUAUGCUUUGUAUUCCACAUUCCCUGUCACUCUAUGGAAUGAAUAUUACUCAACAUGUAUUGGAGUCACAUAUAUUGAUUGGAUCGAAAUUCUAUCAAGACGAGUAUGAAACCUACAAUCGAAAUGCAACCUAUACCAUUGAAAACAGUUUGAUCAUUGACAAGGCAGACCCAUCGAAAAAGAUAAAGAUUCUCUUUGACGAGAUUUGUUACAACAAGGAUUUCAAACCCUACCGUUUCUUUUGUAUAGAGUAUCCUCUGGUUGGUGGUACUGGAAUAAAGCCUUCCAUUUCAAUGGAUGGUGAAGAUUUUGGUUUAAUUUCAAGACCUCAAAAACCUACUUUUGAUCAUUCAAAGACAUUUUUAUUAUCACCAUCAACACCAUGUAAUAGAAUUAUUAUUAAUAAAUUGGAUGAUGAUCUUGGAAGAGUUCAAAAUGAAAUUGGUGUGUUGACAAGAACCAAUGAAUCACAACUAUUGGAACAAUUAAAGAGAUUACAUGAAAAAUAUUUGGAUGAUCUUGUUUGUGCAAAUGUAGAAUAUAAAGAAUUAAGAUCAAAUGAAAGACAAAUGAAUAAUUUAUCAAUGCAUUUGGAAAGUUAUAUAUUUGGUAAAAUUGGAAAAUAUGUAUAUAAUGGAUUAAAAGAUAUUCAUAGAGAAAAGAAUAAUUUCUAUUAUGAAAAAAUGUUAAUGUUGAGUGAUUUGAGUCUGGAGGAUAUGGGAGUGAAUGGAGCGUUUUCAGUACACAUGACAAAGGCUCUAGAGGCAAUGUUUCAUUUCCAACAUCAAGAUCUAACACCCAUUGACAAACUUCUCACCGUCAUUCAAGCAUCAUCAGAGAUUGAAACAUCGAUCAAGGCAUCCAGUCUCUUGCAACUAAGCGACCAAACCCUUGCCAUCACUGGUGACGAAGCUUUCCCUCUCAUCUCUUUUCUUUUGAUUCAAACUCAUCCACGAAAUUUAGAAUCUGAUUUACAAUAUUGUAUAAAUUAUAUUUUAUCAAAAAUCUCUUCAACUUCUUUAGAAUAUAAUUUAAUUAAUCUUCAAGCAUCACUUGAACAUAUUAAACAAUUAAUUGAAGCAAAUCAAAAUAAAUUGGAUCAACAAGCAGCUAAAAAAGUGCAAGACGAACAAACAUUACUUGAACAACAGACAUCAUCAUCAUCGUCACAACAAUCAAUCAAGAAACCACCAUUCAAUUUACCGACCUAUCUUAGUUCCAAUUCUUUAUUAUCAAGUUAUACCUCAAACAACAAUAAUGGUAGUGGGAACCUAUCAUCCUUUUAUUCACCUUCAACAUCUACCAUUAUUCCAGAUUCUGCAUCUUUUGAAAAUCACUCAAAUAAUAAUAAUAUUAAUAAUAAUAAUAAUACAAAAUCACCACUUUCACCAAAUAAUAAUAAUAAUAGUUCAUACCAACCAACUAUUAAUAGAUAUUUAACAAAUAAUAAUAGUAGUUUUUCACCACAACCACCACCAGUUAGUAAAUACAAUGCUAGUAAUCCAUUUCCUUAUCAGAAAUAUACAAAACCUCCAUCUGUCAUUAGUUUAGAUGAUGAUGAAGGUGAUCCUUGGUAA